CCUUGUACAUGGCCAUCGCCGGUGUGUGGCCUGAGGUGUUUAGUCACAACCAUGUGACCCGACAGUGUGCUAUGUCACCGGUCCUUGAUUAUCUGCUGCGAGACACGUACAAGUCUCACCCAAAAGUGCUCAGACAGGUAAGGCAUGGAGCGAGAUUCAGAUUCUACCAUGUUAGUGUCAUAAGAUUAUAGCAUGUCAGUGUCAUAAGAUUAUACCACAUUAGUGUCCCACAUUGGUGUCAUAAAAUUGUACCACGUUAGUGUUAUAAGAUUAUUCCAUCUUACAUUGUAUAUUUUUUUAUAGUGUUUCUAACAUGUUUUUUUACUCUUUUAUAUAGUGUGUCUAACAUGUCUUUUACUCUUUUGUUAUAGUGUGUCUAACAUGUCUUUUACUCUUUUGUUAUAGUGUGUCUAACAUGUCUUUUACUCUUUUGUUAUAGUGUGUCUAACAUGUCUUUUACUCUUUUGUUAUAGUGUGUCUAACAUAUCUUUUACUCUUUUGUUAUAGUGUGUCUAACAUGUCUUUUACUCUUUUGUUAUAGUGCGUCUAACAUGUCUUUUACUUUUUUGUUAUAGUUAUAGAUAGUGUUUGUAACAAAUUGUUUAUUUUGUAGUUCUAGGUACAGUAUGGCUUACAUGUCUCCUUUUUUUUUGUUCUAAGUACAGUGGGUCUUACAUUUCUUGUAUUCUUUUGGUCUAGGUACAGUGUGUCUUACAAAGGUUAUGUUCAUGGGAUACUAGGCAGACGACUGUGCAACCCGAAAAGCUUCUGAAAACAUUGUAUGAAAAACUGCUUUUUCAUUUUGCUAAUGAAAAGCAUAGCUUGAACCCAGGUAAAUUGAGAUCCAUGGUUGUUAACAUUCUCUUUGUUAGAGGCCCAUGGAGUAAUUGAAAUGGAUGCCAUGGUUAGAAAGUUUUGCAAUCAUUUGAAGAUAUUAAAUUUAGUUUGCCUUUACAUUUGAAGUAUGCUAAUAAGGGGGAGCGACUGCAAUCAGGUUAGCCAAAAAGGAAAUGAUUGAAACAAAGUAUGAGAAAAACAGAAAAAGGGAACGCACUAAAACAACGAAUGUGCUGGCAGGAAGCCUUCAUUAGUGAACACACAAAAUUAAAAACGGAAUAAAAAUAACACUUAGCUGAAACACAUUUGAAUUAACGGGGGUCACCUAAAUCUACCUAAUUAUAUAAAUGUGUAAAUAAAUUACAUAACAAAAGCAGUGUUAGGAACAGGACUAAAUUUUGUGUAACUUUGAACAUUUUGUUGUUGAUAACAUUUAUUGCUGUGUAUAAUGAGAGAAAUGUUUCUGCUAUUAUAAGCACAUGCAAGCAAUUUUUCAUUAAACGAAAUAUACUAAUGUCCACGCAACCAAAUCUAAUUGACCCACUGACAUUCAGCAACCGAGUGUGCAUACAUUUUUAUCGGUAUGUCCACAGUUCAUUUUAAAUAUAAUUUUUUUGGACUCAUUCAUAAGAUUAACAAAGAUAAGGAGCAGGAUAAACAGAUCAUGUUAGACAUUGCAUUUAGGGCUUUUCAAACAAAGCGUUACGGGUUUGCAUCAUAUGCUAAAUCUGUUACUUUAAGAGACAUAAAAAUAUUUGUUGGGUUAGUAAACACAACUUACUUACUCACUUUUGGAAUUGCUCCGUUUGAGGCUGGAAAUAUACUGAUAUUGAAACAAGACUAAUGUAAUGUUUACAAAAAUGAUCUACUCUCUCGAUGUUCAGGCUACAUAUUUGAAGUGAGCAAGGCCAUUGAACUCCUCUUGAUCUACCAAGGGGCCGCCUGGACAAUGGGCAACUUUACUCAACGCAUUUUGCUGUCCCUGGCUAUGAAAUGGGAGCACAAUGGAGACACAGAGAAGGGCCCCAGCCCCGAACUGGUUGUUGCCAUGAUGGGAGUCUUCCGUAAGUUCUUGUCCAGCUGUUGGUCAAUGGACAAUCCUCAAAACUUUGAUUGUUAGAUCACAGCUGCAGUCCAACCUUUUAUGGCCAGUGUUGGGAAACACUGGCAUGGUCUAAAAUAGCUAAAAGACUCACCAAAAUUAUAAAUAUGAGCAUCCAUAUAGUGACCAGUGUCUUAUUGUUUGAGAGAGAAGGGGAAGGGAUCUGAGAACCUGGCUACUUGUUGUUUCAAGUUAGACAUAAACAUCAUUUUUUAAAAUAAGGUUCCCUUUUAACUUGAAUUGAUUUUGUCGCUUUGUUGUCUAUACUCUUCUUCUAAGUAUGUUGUCUUCUGCUAAGUAUGUUGUCUUCUGCUUCAGUUAAAAUUUGGGAAAUUUGAAAAUGUUUGCUUUGUGUUGAAAAUUAAUUUUUUGUUGCCAUCUUCCAUCAGGUGCUGUGAUAGCAGUUCAGCCUCUUUUAGUCAAUAGCCCAAAAAUGAUAAGCCAGAUUUUUGAAAGAUUUAUUGACAGAAAAUCUAGUAAGCAAACAAAAUUGUCUCAAGGGAUUAAUUUAUAGAGUUUUUAUCUGAAUAUUCUUUUAUUUAAUCCAUGAGAAAAUACACUUAACUUUACUUGUACCUGGUCUCUUAAAUUAUAUGAUUUUUUGAAGGGUCCUUAAUAUUGAUAACAUUGGCAAUAAUGUUAUAACUGUCCUGAUUAAUAAAUUAAUUACCCCCAAACUCUUAAAAUCGUACAAUAUCAUCACAAAAUCAUUCAAUACAUUAUCAUAAGAGUAAAAAAUAAAUAGUGUAUAUACCUCAAAAUCGUACAUUGUACGCCAAAAUCGUAAGAGUAAACAGGUCUACUGUGAAAAAUUCAAGUUUAUAGUAAGUAGUUACAUUACUUUGGGCCUUUUGGUGACACCCAUUCCUUUUGUAUAUUCUUAAGUGCUUUUAACUUUUAAUAUUUUUUUAAAAUGUUUAUAAAUUACUAAUGUGGGUAUGAUGAGCAGUGGUAUUUUAGGGGUAUGGUUUAGCCCACCUACCAAGCAUUUUAGAAGCUUGAACUUAUUUGAAGUUCUUUACUAUAGCCCCAUAUUUUACCAUGCCCCCCUCCUCCCCCAUAUGGGUCAUAUUUACUAGCUCCAAAUAUCACCUAAAUUAUAGCAACAGUAGUAACAUCAUUAGAAGUUAAUAUUAUGUCAACCAUGUUUCUCAUACUGUGCUAUAUUUAUAUUGUCCAACAGCCAACAUGAGUGUGGAGUUGGCCUAUGUUAAUGCCCUGCUUGAGAUUUCUCCCUACAAUCCUGAAAAGUGCCUGGACCUUCUGAGGAAAUGGCAGGACAACAAUAAAGGGAAAGUACCCAAUCAGACCUUCAGCAACUUUCUGCAAGUCAGAACAAUGUUAUCACAGAAAAGUGGGCGUGGCAGAGAUUCAAAAAGAUGACAAGGACCAAACAGUGGGCAGAGUUAUUGAACAGCAACACUGAAGUGUCCAUCAACUGAAUGGUUCAGAUUAACAAAUAUUCUAUCCCAGUGAUGACUUCUUGUACCAGUGAUGAAUUCCAAUACCGGAAUUUACUUGUUAUUUUAAGGCAAAACAUAGAAUGCAUCUUCACAUUUUUAAAAUUGUCUCCCUUGAAAUUUUACCACAUUACAUAGGAACGUGUUGAAGUUAAUCAACGCUUCCAAAACUCUUCUUUUUCACAAUUUGGAAUAGAGAAAUUUGUUGUUUUUGUUCCUUUCAGUAUUUAUUUUGUCUAUGUGCCGGGAUAUAAAUAUAAUUUACUAUUAAGGUAAUGGGAGCAGUGCUUACUUUUGUCAAAUUUAACUAUGAAAAACUAUUAGGGCAAAUUAUUUGACACAAAUUCCUGUAGUGAGUGUUGGCUUCAAAUAAAACUAGAAGCCUUUCAUAAAAAUUAAAAGGUCUUUGUCCAAAACCUAAAUUAAAGAUAAUGUAUCCUAUAGGACAGAACUGUGUGGAUGUUUGGAUGUAAAGUGUAUUACUAGUGUGCACUUAUCGAUAUCGGGUGGAUGUUUUGUCUAGUAAUUAUUAUCAUGUAGAUAACCAUGCUUGAUGUUAUUUGUUAUGCAAGUUGACUUACUUUACUCGCAGGGAAGCAGUGUAAAAAUGUUGUUCUUUUUGUAUUACUUGCUCUUAGAGCUUUGGUGUAAUGUUUAUUUUUUGUUACAAUUAUUUGUUCUCAAUCUGAACAUCGGCUCAAGUUAAUGAUGCAAAACUAACUAGGGCUUUCAUUUGAAAAUGUACAUGUAUUAUUUCCUUGGUUGUUCAUGAAAUGGGAGACAAAUGGGAUGUGUGGCAAGAACGGGUAAUUGUUAUCAUUGAUGUCUAUUAAUAUAUGCAAGAAUUUUUUUAAUUUUUUUUGCGACAGGUUUCACAAUGGAC